AGUACUAUCUACUAUAACUAUAAAUUCUAUAACAGAUAAAAUGUCACCAACAGAACUUCAAAACACAACAAAUAGAUCAUUUUACAAUACUGUGAGUGAAACUGUUGUAAGUACUGACAUACAAACUCAAAGACUGACAGACAUCAAGCCAUCAACAAGCAUUCACAAUGAAGCCAUCGAUACAAAUAGAAAAGAAACAGGUUUUUCAUCCAAAGAAAAGCUAGUGUACUAUGGCCUGUUAGCUGGUGGUCUUGUCUUAGUGUUGUGCUUGUCAGUAACAUGUAACAUUUGUAUUAUUCACAAAUACAAAACAGGACACUUGAAUGUGCAGCUAGACAAAACUGUAAAUGAAAAUGCACACAAUGCGUCUAAAGAUAUCGAAGAUCUCUCAUCAAAUUACGAAUCCAUAUGCGAAAGCGAAAUGAUCCCAAAUGUAUCAAAAUUACAGACAGAAAUUUCUGUUGGAGCAGCACAUCCCCAUAAAAAUAAGUCCGAUAACAAUUCUGCAACGUCUGAAAGAUCGUACUUAGAAGUCAUUGCCGAUAACAUUUACAUCAAUCCUUGUCUUCAUUCAAAAGAAAAUGGCGAAUCUGAUAGUUCGCAUAAAGUUUCUUCACCAGAAUAUGGAGAAGCAUCAAAGAAAGAUGAGAACAUUUCUGAUUUUGAUUCUUACACAGAUGAGUUUGGUCACAAAGAACUUACAAACUCUGAAGCCUCCGUGAAUAAGAGUAUCCGUAACAUCGAUGCGUUAGACAGUUUUCCUCCUGCAUUUUGUGCAGGUGAACUCAGUAAUGAACGAUUGAGCAGUCACGAUGAAGUAUAUGUUUAUUGCAAACCAAACAAAGAAGACUCUUUGUCGAUGGUAAACUUUGCUGAAUUAUCAGAAACAGGAAGUCCGGUAGUCGAUCGCGAUCCACAUAUCGUACUACAAAAUGAUGACGGACAAAUCAAUCCUUAUGAAAAUCUUUCAAGAAUCGAUAAAAAUGAUGUUCACGACUACAAUACUUGUAUUGUUCCACCAAGAUAUUGAAAUUUGUAAAUAUGUUACCUUUGCUGCCGAAAUAAUUAGAACCAGAACGGUUUUUAAAACAAUAUUUAUGAUUCUAAAUAUUCAUAAUAAAAUAAAAAAGGAGAAAAAACCAAAAGAGACAUUAAUAAGUCAUUAGUCGAAAAAAAACCCCAUGAAAACGCCAUAACUCUGAAAUAAAAAUACCAACGACCAAUAACAGUACACAAGAAACAAGAUAGAAAACUUUUACGACUAAGCAACACG